AUGCAGAUCUCCAUUGAUUGGGUGGAGAUCUCUACUACCCGGCACAUCGCGUUGCAUCAAGAGGUGGAGGCCGACACUGUGCUCCUGAACGUGCCGCAGCUGCCGCUUCUGCGGCUGCUGAGUGCCAGCGCAGAGGUGGACGACAUCAUGACGCCUCGUGAAGAUCUCUUUGCCCCAAGGUCCUAUGCCAUCCUGAAGCUCUACGUCUACUAUGAGGAUGCAUGGUGGCGGAACUACCUGAAUCUGACUGCCGGCCAGUUCAGCAACAUGGGCGAUGACUGGUGGAAUGCUCCCUACCAGUUCCCGCUGCCGCUGGAGGGGCGUUACUGGGAUGGCGACUUCCGUUGUGACAGCGAUGGACGCAAUUGCCGAGGAUUCCUCGAAGCCAUUUACGGUGGCGGCGACACCAUCAUCGAUGCGUUCCGGCCCCACAUGCUGGCGCAACGCAAUGGAGACCCCAUUGUCGUCCUCGACUCGAAGAAGCCCAUGGAUGCUCAUCUCCUGAAGUUGGUGCACCGGUCCCUGGUGGCUUUCCAUGCCAAGGCAUUGAAAGCCGCCGGCAAGCUGGAGCUCGUCAAUGCCAGCUUCCCCGAGACGGCUGUGCUGUCCAGCUGGACGGGGGAGGCCGCCGGAUUCGAGGCGGGCUGCCACGACAUCAAGGCAGUCAGCCCUCCCGGCACGGAUAUGGAGGACAUCCGGCCCGUGUACAACAGCAGCGCCCAGCGCCUUCGCUUUGUGCGCCCGCUGGGAGAGAACGUGCCGGUUUUCCUGGCGGAUGAGGCCUUCGGCUGGCCGAGCUGCUGGGCCGAGAGCUCCCUGGUGCUCGCAGAGAACGCGGUGCACGAGAUGGCCGGUUUGGAAAAGCCCUCCUGGCUCCCCGAGGACAUCUACAAGUACGUGAUGCUGAAGGACGGCUCCGCCUUCAUCGGCCCCAAGUUCCCAAGUUGCGGGGGUGACCCCUUCGUCCUUCGGAACCGCCUGCGCCGAGAGUCGAGUCGCGCAGGCAGCAAUGCUGAGGAGCUCGUGAUCUGA